AUGGAUGCCGCACAACAAUCUGAUGUCCACAUCUCCGCUGCAUGUGAUGGGGGCAACAUCGAGUUUGGCGGCACAAACAAGCAAGGCGCCUUCGACCUCAGCAUCCGGCCGGACCCGUUCUGCCCCUCAGACAAUGCAACACACUUCCAGUGGUUCAACUUCCGGGCCUCCAACCUGGCACGUGGCACGCCCUCUACCUUCAACAUCACCAACGCGGGGCAGGCCUCCUUCCCGGGCGGGUUCAAGGAUUACGACGUGGUUGCCAGCUACGAUGCCUCCAUUUGGUUCCGGCUGCCGGCCUCCUUUGAUGGCAAGGUCCUGAGCUGGACCGUGGAGCCCAAGCACCCCUCUAUGCACUUUGCGUAUUUUGCGCCCUACCCCUCCCAGCGCCAUGCUGAGCUGGUGGCGGAGCUGCAGCAGGUGGACGGCGUCCAGCUCAGUGUCCUCGGUCAAACGCUGGACGGCAGGGACCUGGACCUGCUGCAGAUAGGCACGCCUGGAGAAGGGAAGCGGGUGGCGUGGAUCAUUGCGCGGCAGCACCCCGGUGAAACCAUGGCAGAGUGGGCAGCCGAAGGGCUGCUGCGGCGACUGACCGACCGGCACGACCCGAUCUCCCGUGCCCUGCUCCAGUCCACCGUCUUCUACGUCGUGCCCAAUAUGAACCCGGAUGGGUCGGCGCGCGGCCACCUGCGGACCAACGCCGCUGGAGCCAACCUGAAUCGGGAGUGGGCUGAGCCCAGCAUGGAGCGCUCCCCUGAGGUCUUUUGCGUGCGGAAUGCCAUGGAUCGGACGGGGGUGGAUAUCAUGAUCGACAUCCACGGGGCCGAGGCGCUGCCCUACAAUUUUUUCGUUUCCUCCAGCGCCAUUCCCGGCUGGACGCCCCGCCUGGCAGACCUAGAGGCCGCCCUCUCCGCCGCGCUCGUGGUGGCAAACCCCGACUUCCAGACGAGGGUGGGGUACCCCCGCGGGGCGCCUGGGAAGGGCAACCUCAGCCUGGGAAGCAAGCAGGUGGCCCAGAGGUUCGACUGCCUGGCAGUGACCCUGGAACAGCCCUUCAAGGACACCAAGGAGACACCUGACAAGGAGUUUGGCUGGUCGCCGCAGCGUGCGCAGCGCUUGGGCGCAAGCCUGCUGGAUGCCAUCCUGGCCGUGGUGCCCAAGCUGCGAUGA